GCGGGUUGUACAUAUUGGCUGCUGGCGUCAUGUGUUAUAAUAAUGUUUGUAAAUAUGAAUGAGGAGUUUGGGGAUACUAUAAUAAGUUCGGAUCAGUUGGUUUCUUUUGGGCUUGGUGGGCUUCGUAAUAUAGGCAACACUUGUUACAUGAAUGCCGCUUUACAAGCCUUAUCAAAUUGUCCACAUUUAACGGAAUUUUUCCUCGAGUGUCAUAACAUCCUUGAUCCAAAUCGAAGGCUUGUGUUGUUUAAUCAUUAUUGCACACUACUUUCUGAAUUUUGGGGAAAUGAAAGACCACGCUGUUUCAAUGCAAAUACAAUUUUAGAUACUUUCUGCAUUGUGCACCCAAUGUUCAGAGGUUAUGCACAACAAGAUGCUCAAGAGUUUUUGAGACUAUUUUUAGUCCAGCUGCACGAGGAACUGAAACACUCAUGGCUUUCAAACUCAGACAAAAAAGGCAUCAAACAAACAACUACUACUGGUUCAUCGGACAACAGUAACAACAGUAUAAUUACCGAUGUCUUUCAGGGCAGAUUAGUUAGUUCUGUCCGUUGCCUGUCAUGCAGUCGGCUUUCCAAUCGGGAGGAAUCAUUUAUGGACUUGUCCCUUUCCCUUACCAAACCUACUGUACAAACGUAUUCAUCCUCUUCUGUUGAUCAAUCAACAAAAUCCUCCUUGAUGAAUGGUUCAGUAAGCACAGGUUCUUUAUUGAAAAAUGGUCCUGUAUAUUUGAAAACAUCUAAUGAUUUGCAACAGACACAACCAUCGAAGUCAACAAGUAGAAGGUAUUCUACACCACGUGGAUCAAAAAUAAAAUCAUCGUUAUUCACAUUACCAACAGUUGUUGGUCGUCUGGUAACGGGUAUUCCUUGGUUACUCACUAUGCUUUUAACCCUAACUCAUAUAUUUUUAUCCUAUGUACAAAGCUUUUUGCCCUCACCUAAACAAUGGAUAGAUAAAUGGUCUACUCUUACCCUUGAAGAUUGCUUAUCUCAUUAUUUUUCUGAAGCGGAAUUAGUUGGUGAAAAUGGAUACUUUUGUGGAAGAUGUAAUCGACGGUGUAAUGGUUUGAAACAGUUCAGACUUGUCGCGUUGCCGGAAAUUCUUACACUUCACUUGAAAAGAUUCAGUAGUAAUCAUUUAUAUUCUUCGAAAUUAUCAUCUCCAGUGAAUUUCCCGUUAAAGAAUUUAGAUCUUUCACCAUACCUUCAUCGUGAUUGUACCGAUAAAAUUACAACCUAUGAUUUAAUUGGUGUCAUCUGUCACUAUGGCGGUUGCGGCGGUGGUCAUUACACUACAUGUGCGUAUAAUUCCUCAACGGAACAUUGGUAUGAAUUCAAUGAUGAACAUGUACGAAAAUUAGAUGCCGAACAAGUGGAAUCAUUGAAAAGUUCAGCAUAUAUCCUGUUUUAUAGAAAACGUGACACACAUUUGGAACCAAUACGUAAUUCUUGGCAAUUACCACCAUCUGGUAAAAUGUGUUAUGUAAGCAAACCUUGGGUUGUUCGCUUUUGGACAUGGGCUGAACCAGGUCCAAUGACAUCAGAAUUUUUCUGUGAACAUGGUUAUUUUCGACCAGAAUUAUGGGAGAUGCGUAAUUCACUAACUUUAUCUAUCCCAGAAAGUAUUUGGUGUAAUCUCCAUAAAAUGUUUGGUGGUCAUGAAAUUAUUCAAGAAUUAAUCCCUUGUAGUGAUUGUUCUGAUGCUAUUUCAAAAAGACAGAAAUAUGAACUGUCAGAGAUUAUGAGGGUUAGUUCAUCGGUCACUCCAUCGUCCACAUCUUAUGCUGUCAGUAAAAAAUGGUUGGAUGUAUGGCUUCAAUUUGUCAAGGGACAAAUAUGGGAAGCUCCAGGUCCUAUUGAUAAUUCCGACAUUAUGCCAUGCAAUAAAUCUCUUUAUUCGUAUCGUAACAGUGGAUCAUUUAAUUAUCCUACUCUUUCAUCAAUACCACUUGGUAAUUACGAAUGUGUUUCUGCUGAAGUAUGGAGUCUUCUGUUCAAUAUAUAUGGUGGAGGUCCGACAAUAUCUGUAUGUCAACCUACUUAUUCAUCAUCGAUCAAUAAUAGUAUAGAUGAAAAUCAGAUGGACGAUUUGUCAGAUCACAGUUCAUCGGAUCAAUUUUCACAAAAAUGUUCAUCAAAUUCUACUCCUAAUAAACAGUCACCUCUUAAUUCAGACCGAAUUGAUGAACAAGUAUGCAGUUGUUUUAAUGGUAUUUUUGUUUUAAGAAAUUGAUUACUAUGUAGAAAGACUUAGUUCAUUUUGCCGAAUAAAUUAGCUAAAAAUCAAUUGUAAACAAUUAUGGUAUUCAAAGCAAUUAGUCUUUUUGAUAAAUUUGUAUAGUGUAAUAAGACGACUACAAUAAUGGUAUUCAUUAUUUUUCAGUUUAAAUAAAGUAUACUCUUUUUCUGGUCUUAGUAAGAUCGUGCUUUUUCCCUUUCUCUUAAAUUUUUUGUUCAUAAUUCAUGAUCAAGUAGACAUAUAAUGUGGUGUACAAAAUACGUACACACAAAAUUUUGUUUGAGCAAACUAUAUUUUUUCAAUAUACAAAGUCAAGGCUUCAACAUUCGUUAACUAAGUCUCAGAUCCGAACCCCAUUUAACUUCGGUUUGCGCAACCGGGUAGUGUGUCAUUAACCCCCAUACUCAAAGUGUGACUCAUACCCAAGCACCUAGUGGAUGAGUUUGUUUAUCGUUAAUUGUUUCCUCACCCACUUGCGUUUUACAACAACAGGCUAUAUAAUAUCAUCAGGUCUCACACUAACAAAUAUGGUUCAAGCAUAAGCAAUGCACAAUUGCUGUACUUUACAAAUUAACCUGUUGACAUCUAAAGAGUACGUUGCUGCCUACCUAAAUGAAAAUGAUGUUAUAACCAAUAACAAUGUGUUUAAAUUCAUUUUUGUAUUGGUUUUUUGUUCUUCACAUUGAUAUUCAGGACCGCAAUUGAUCAGUCUCUUAUUGGCAUAUGUGCAUGCUGUUCCAAUUGUCUUAAUUCACACGCACUAUGAACAUAGAUGGAUGGUGGCUAGCAGUGGAAUUCAGGACCCACGUUUCGUCCUAUUUGGGACUCGUCAGCUGGAUGUACCUGCGUACCGCAGUUGAUGUUCACUCCGGGACUUAGUGUGGAUAACGCGAUGGCGUUUGAAGCAGAUGGUACUAGGUUCGAGUCUCGAAGUGAACAUCAACCCUGGAAUGCAGGCAUAUUCAGUUAACAAUUCCUAAAUAGGGCCAAAUGCACGUCAGAAUGUACUGCACAGCUGUUUUACUCCUAGUGUGUGCAUCCACGCCUUUGUCGGUGAUCGUAUGGAAGAGCUUCAGAUUUCCUGGCAAGCACUUAAUCAUUAUAUGACUGAAUCGGUCUUCACUGAUUUAUUACGUGUGUAUUUGUUAUCGAUGCUUAAUAUUAUUCACUGCUUCUCAUAUCUUUUUUUAAAAAAUCUUUAUCAUUUGAAAGGACCGAGAUAAUUAUUUGACUAAUGGUAACAAUCAUAUGAAUGGUGAUAUCUCUAACAAUUUGGAUUGGUCUGACAAUAAAUCCCAUUUGAAUCAUUGGAAUGAAAUGGAUAAAGAAAUAAAUUCGACAAAUUUCCCUAUAGAUUCAAUCUUAUCCAACGGCACUAAUGAUGAUAGUAUUCAUCAUAUUGAAAUAUACACUCAACAAAAUGAUCAUCCAGUUAAAAAUAAAUUAACUCAAUCCACUGAAUGUUCACAAUUAAAUGGCGAUUGUUAUCCAUCAUCUAGCAAAACAUUGAACAUGCUCAAUGGUUGUUGUUCUAUUGUCACAGACUCUAAAUGUCAACUGAACAAUCAUCAUCCUAAUGUUCAACAGAAAUCUACCAAUAAUAGUCUGACUGUUAGUAAAGGCGCUAGGACCGGUUAUUUUGGUGAUUAUAAUCCAUUAGAUUUGGUGAAUCAUAAAAAUGUCUCCAAAGUAGAAUCUUAGCACCAACAGCAAUAAAUGCAUCAAAUGAAAUCAAAACAUGGUGAUCAGCUUUAUGUAGACACUGUCGAAUAGUUCUUACAUAAAACUUAAACUUUUUGUUUUCAGUCCAUUUGUUGCUUUUAUUACAUUUAAUUAAUAAAUAAAACUGUGAUUCUAUGCAUUGUUUUGAAAUUUUCUUCUUCAUUGAUUGGAAUGGUAAUCGUUAUUAUGUUAUGUUUUCAGAACCAAGUGAUCUUUUCUUGUGACUCAGGUGAUGGUUCUUUUCUUUUCAUCCUUACUUUAUAAUAUGCAAGCGAUGUAUGAUUGUAAUUUGUAAUUAUUUCCUCUUUUGUGAGUUGAUGAGUUUAUGUGUAUGUUUCGUGGAAAUUACAUGUUAAGAAUGACAACAGUGUUGAACUAAGCAAACACACAGUGUUUGUGUAUGUAUUUGACUUGUAAUUUUAUGUGUUUUAUUCUUUCAUCUAAGAAGCACUAAUUUCUCAAAACUUCAAAACUGUAUAUUGAUUGGAUUCGAACUGUUGUCUCAUUUGAAUAAUUUAUUUAUUUUAUCCUUUCUUUUUGUCCCAUUUAUAUAUAUGUAUACAUCAGUAAUUCCUCAUUAAUUUGAUAUUAAGGGUAGUGAUAAUUUUAAUUAUUGUUAUUCAUCGUCUUCUUUUUCUGUAUGUGUAUGUAUACACACUCUGGUAUAAUAUUUUGCUUUUUAUUCAUAUGUGUAUAAUUUCAUCUGCAUAGUAGCCAUCCAUUCAUCCGUUCAUAUUUAUUCAUUUAUAAUACAUAAUAAAAUCAUGAAAAAAAAUGUAUCAACAUCACUUGUUCUUUAUGUGACCUAUUUCAUUGUUCUUAUGAUUGCUAUUACUACUCUUAAUACUACUACUACUACUGUUAUUGUUGAUAAGUAGUAGUGUUUAGUGUCACUGAUUCAUUUCUACUCAGAUAUUUUCUAUCACAUUAAUGAUGAAAUUCUUCGUGUAGUAGUAGUAGUAGUAGAUGUAAAAGUGUAUCCUAUUUGUUUUCUUCUCUAUUUAGAUGGAUAUUAAACUUGUCACGUGUGUAUAAAAGCACUAAUAUUAUUGGUUUUUUAUAUCCUGUUAUACAUUAAGUAAUUUAUAUGCAUAUAAUGUUAUUCAUACACUCGGAAUAAUGAAUAUAUCUAUGUCUUCAUGUGGGUACUUGUUAACUUAUUGCUUGUUUAAUUUUGUAAAUUAUUUUUAUGAAAGAAAAAAAAGUAAACAAAGAAGUUGUGCACAAAUAUUUUCUUCCUGUUUCUAUGUACAUUGCCUUGUUUGUUUGUUUAUAAUUAUAUUCGAC